CCUUGAGCGGUACUUGGUACAGUCCGACACGUAACUGAAUUCUAAUGAAGUGGGCGGGGACACCGAACAGUAUAUAAGAGCGAGAGGCGAAGCAGUUGCGCACUCUGAAUUGCAGCUCCUAAGGUUACUGUCUUGUCAGCACAAAGGAGACCUAAAAGCUCAUCAUGUCUUCUUCAGAUGAAGGAAAGCUUUUUGUCGGGGGUCUGAGCUUCGAUACCGAAGAACAGAAUUUGGAGCAGGUGUUCGGCAAGUACGGACAAAUAAGUGAGGUGGUGGUUGUGAAGGACCGUGAGACACAAAGGUCUAGGGGCUUUGGGUUUGUUACAUUUGAAAACCCAGAAGACGCAAAGGAUGCCAUGGAAGCAAUGAAUGGAAAGUCUGUUGAUGGAAGACAGAUUCGUGUUGAUCAGGCUGGCAAAUCUUCAGGUGACAGACGUGGAGGUUACAGAGGAGGAUCAUCUGGAGGACGAGGAUUUUACCGUGGUGGCCGUGGAGGACGUGGUGGUGGAGACAGAGGCUAUGGAGGCGGUCGGUUUGAAAGCAGGAGUGGAGGUUAUGGUGGCAGUGGUGGAUCCAGAGAUUAUUAUGGCAGUGGAAGGAGUCAAGGGGGAUAUGGUGACCGAUCAAGUGGAUCCUACAGAGACAACUAUUCUUCACACGACUAAAACUCCUGACUCAAGAUCAUCCUUCCAGUGGCUGUAUUUAUAAAGAUUUUUGGAGCUUCGCAGAACAGUUAAUAUGUAGUCUAUUUGAUUGUGUUCACUUUUUAUACCAAUUUGUUACAUUAUUCUGACAGCCUCGCUGGUAGUACAUGGAACAGUUGUAACAUUAAGACUGUACAUUGGUUCUAAUGUUAUAGAUUUUCUGAUCUAUUGGGCUGCUCAGAUGGGAGCUCCUUAUUGCAAUUUUAAUUUGGCAGAUACUUGCCUUGGUGACAGACUAGUUUUACUAAAGGAAUAGUCUUGCUGUUCCUAAGCAAAACUGUCUGUUAAUCUAUGAGCUCUAUUCUGUAUUAAGAUCUGUUUGAUCACAUUAUUUUCUGUAUAUAGUGAAGGGGACUGAGGCCCUGAAGCUUAACUCUGAAAGAAUCUUUCGGUAUAACAAGGCAGGGUACAGCAUGGGUGCAUUGUAAAUAACCGCUAGACCUCCUUGAUAUAUCUAAAGAGAAAAAUCUAAUUUCUUAAUAUCACAAGAAGUUCUUGAAAAUGUUUGUUUAUAUUGUCAUUGUUUUUUUUUUUUGUUUUGUUUUUUACUGAAAGAAAUGAAAAGCUUGUGUUCUCAAGAAUUUGUUUUUUUUUUUUUUACUUUCAUUUGGCUUCACGAAGCCUAUUAAAAGACCAUCUGAAAAGAAAUGCCGCUCUUGACAUUUUACCUUCUGCACAACACUGGUUAGGUAGAUGUUAUACAGUUAGGUGGCUUGGCUGUUUUUGCAUUCAAGUUCCGAGGUCACUACAUUUGCAUAGGACAAUUGACAUUGGUCAUUGAUUACCACUAAAGGUUGAUUAGUUUAGCAGUAGUAUUAACAUGUAAAGGGGCCUCAAACUUUCCUUUCGGGAAACCUUUUCAACUAGAUUUUUGGAAGCAUUUAAACAUCAAUAUAUUGAUAUGUAGAAAGUGCAGGGACUAUCAGAGAACCACCUCCUGGACCACAAACCACCUCAAGUUGAGGUUAAAGGAAACUGGUCACCUGUCUUAUGAUGGCCAAACGGCAGUCAGGCAUUAAACGGGUAAAGGAAGCAGGGUAUCUGAACGCAAAGUUUUAACAAGCGGAGACUAAGCCAACUCUGCUUGUUUGGACAGUUCCUAGCAACUGCGCUCUGCCCUGCCAGCCCGGAAUGACUCCUUUUCUACAGAUAGGGAAAGUGUCACUCGAAGCUGGCAGGGCAGCUGCAGGAAAUACUCGCAGUAAAUACUUGGGCCUGGCAAUUUUAUUUGUUUUUUAAACCACAAGUUCACUGACACAAGUGAAUCAUAAUGGGGGAGAUUUAUCAAAACCUGCGCAAUGGAAAAGUCCAUAGCAACCAAUCAGAUUGCUUUUAUUUUAUAGGCUUUUAAAAAAAUUAAUAAAAGCAAGCUUAUUGGUUGCUAUGAACAAUUGGUCAACGUCCCCUGCACAUGUUUUGAUCUCCCCAAUGUGUGUUCAGCAGCAUAAAACAGAUAACAGAUUCACUUUUAUGGGUCAUUGUAAUGUUUCUUUGCAAUAUAAUAGCUGAUGGGUAGGGUUUGACCUUUCUUCUAAUACCUUUAACUAGAGCAUAUGUUCUUUUCUUUGCCCUGUCCCACUCUCAACUCCAUUUUGGAGAAUUUAAACAUGACCACAUCUGUGUGCACAUAAGUCUGGUGAGGGUCCCAGAUGCUGAACCCCACUGAUCAGUUAACUCGUCAGACAUGUUGCUAGAAUGUAAUAAGUGGCACUGAAAGGGGUGAUCCAGGAAUAGAAACAGCUUUUUUUUUAUUUAUUUUUUGCAAAAA